AUGUCCGCGAUGCGAUCUCUUCUGCUGCUGCUGCUGCCUCUCUGUCCCGGUCCGGGACCAGGAUUUUGGAGCGAGGCUAAGGUCACCCGGAGUUGCACUGAGACCCGGCAGGUGUUGGGAGCCCGGGGAUAUAGCUUAAACCUACUCCCUCCCGCCCUGAUCUCAGGUGAGCACCUGCAGAUCUGUCCCCAGGAAUACACCUGCUGUUCCAGUGAGAUAGAGCAGAGGCUGACCUGGGAGACUGAGGCCACCUUCCAGAGCCUGGUAGAGGAGAGCGGCUCCUUCUUGGUUCACAUGCUGACUGCCCGGCACAAAACAUUUGAUGAGGCCUUCCGGGAGAUGCUCUUGUCAUCUGAGCAUUCCCUGGCCCUGCUCUUCCAUCGCUCCUACGGUCGCCACCUGUACGCCCAGCACACGCUCUUGUUCAGUGGCCUGUUCUCUCGGAUUCGAGACUACUAUGAGAAGUCCGGUGGGGGGUUAGAUGAUGCCCUGGCAGAUUUCUGGGCACAGCUCCUGGAGAGAAUAUUCCCUGUUCUGCACCCACAGUACUCCUUCUCCAACGAGUAUCUCUUCUGCCUCACGCGCUUUGCCACCUCUGCUGAAGAGUCUCUCAAACCCUUUGGGGACUCACCCCGUCGCCUCCGCCAGCAGCUGUACCGGGCCCUGGUGGCUGCCCGAGCUUUUGUGCAGGGCCUGGAGAGUGGAAGAGACGUGGUCAACGAAGCACUUAAGGUACCCCUGACUGAAAGCUGCAAACAGGCUGUGAUGCGUCUGAUUGGCUGCCCCCUUUGCCGGGGGGUCCCCUCAUUGCCCCCCUGUCGUGGCUUCUGUCUCAAUGUGGCACAUGGCUGUCUCAGCCCCCAGGGACUCAAUUCUGACUGGAAGGCCUAUCUGGACAGUCUCCUGUUACUGGCCGACAAGCUGCAAGGCUCCUUUUCCUUCGAGCUGGCAGCACAUUCCAUCGGGGUGCGCAUCUCAGAAGCCUUGGUGUACCUGCAGGAAAACAACGUGCGGGUGUCCACUCAGGUAUUUAAGGAAUGCGGGACCCCCCCACAAAUACUAUCCAGAAACCGCCGAGCCCCAGCCCUCCGGGAAGAGGCCGGCCGGCUCUGGGGGAGCUCCGGACAGACCGAGGCAGAGUUGCCCACCCCGGCGACUGCGACGAGCAGCAGCCUGCAGAGACUGGUAUGGGAACUCCGAGAGCGGCUGAGCCGGGUACGGGGCUUCUGGGCCGGGCUGCCCCAGGCCGUGUGCGCGGACUCCCGCAUGGCCGCGGACGUCUCGCAGGAGGCGGCGCCCUGCUGGACUGGGUCCGGGCGAGGCCGGUACUUGUCCUACGUGGUCGGGGCCUCCGAAGCCGAACAGCAGGACAACCCAGAGUUUCUGGGGGUGACUUUGGCCCCCGACCUCCCGGCUCGCAAGCGGCGGCUGCUGCUGCGCUCGGCCACUACGCGAAUGAAGGCGGCUGCAGAGGGACGAGACCUGGCUUUAGAGGACUCGGAUGAAGACCACGAAGAAGGCGGCGAUGAAGGCGGCGGCAGCGGCGGUUCUGGAGAAGGCGACCACUAUGCCGAUGACUGGAUGGCAGGGCCAGCAGCCGUGCCCGCGCCUGCCCGACCUCCUCGUCCUCCUAGAAGAGAGGGUGCUGGGAGCAAAGGAGGAGGUGUCGUUGUUCGACACAACCAGGGGAGGAGUAGGACUGGGGGGGCUUCUGUGGGUUUUCAUCUCCAGCCCAGCCUGAUCAUGUCUCUUGCAGUCCUGGCCCUGCUCGGGCCUCGAUAACAAAGGGGGGGUGCCCUGGCAUCAGAAGGGUUCAUGGCCCAUCCCCGCCCCUUCCCUUAGCUGGGUCUGGGGUGGAGUUG